AUGGCUCGGGGAACUUACUUCAACAGCACAGCGCACGCUUUGAAAGUCUACGGUCACAGCUAUUACAACCCUAUGACCGGGGAAGCCUUGGAAGGGCACAUAGAUGACGAGAGGUUGCCUUCGGGUACUCCAAAAAUCGGUUUCAAGGGCCUGCCGUGUACUUGCGUCGAUCAAAGUUGCGGUUGCUGUGCCGGACUGAACAUAACGGCCAUCGACUUUGACAGGCGCUACUGCGUCAAUUUCACCCUCGAUCCCAUCCAAUUCGAGAUCGAUAUGCAAGUUCUGAUGAACGAAAACGAAAUUUAUCAAACGUCUCUGUCAGCGCGCAAUCCACCACCAGUAUGCGUACCGCUGCCUUACGUGCCAGUACUGAACUUUUGCCUGAGGUUCUACGAUCUGUCCUUGAACAACAGCAACCUGAACGCCUGUAUGGAUUUCGAGACGCGAUUGGCCCAGUCGCCCCUCCUCGUCAUGCACUUCAACUGCGUGCGGGUCGGUGGCAGCGGCAUAGCUUGGGCCAAGCCGGGCGACUACCUGCUCAACAAUAGCUCGACGCAACAGACCACGGAUGGCUUCGAUCAUGUGGACUUUGACGCCGACGAUGGGCCCACUGUGAUUUCUUCCGAUUUUACGACGUUGGCGCCCGAAGACGAGGACAAGAUUGGCCAGCACCGUAUACCUUGA